CCGCCCACGAUAACGAUUCCCUCCCUAUAAUACUACACACCUCUCCGGAGUCCCCGCCGCCUCUACAGCCGCCACCGCCACCGCCACCGCCACCGCCACCACCACCCUCGCGGAAUCGCCGUCUCACGCUCGGUCACUCACUCUCCCACGCAGCCAUGUCGCGCGCCGCCGCCUUCGUCGUCGUGCUCGCCGCCGUGCUCGCGCUGGCGUGCGGCGCGGCGUCGCAGUCGGCCGGCCCGGCGGCGGGGCCGUCGUCGGACUGCGGCUCGUCGAUCGCGGCGCUGACCGGAUGCCUGGGCUACAUCAAGCCGGGCAGCGCGGACGCGAAGCCGAGCAAGGAGUGCUGCGCCGGCGUGAAGACCGCGCUGGCCAGCCCGGCCGCCGUCGCCUGCCUCUGCAACGCCCUCGGCCAGGACUUCGGCAUCCCGGUCAACUACACCCGCGCCGCCGCCCUCCCUGCCACCUGCGGCGGCGACUCCUCCGCCCUGAGCAAGUGCAACAAGAAACUUCCCGGCGCCUCUCCUACCGGAGCACCUGUACCAUCUUCUUCUGGGUCUGGGUCAGGAUCAACACCAGCGACCGGCACUCCAUCUUCAACAAAGUCCGCGGCGACCCGAUCUCCAGUCUCAGCAACGCUCAUUCUAGCCACGAUUGCUGCAACCCUGCUUUCUUACUAUUACCUUUGAAAAUUUUACCACAUCAUUUAGUUUCUGAUGCAAUAUUGUGAUUUAUUAGUGACACUUUUAGAGGGAGACCUUUUCCUGUUAUGGUUGAUUUUAGCUGUGCCCGUGGAUGUCAUUUCUUAUUA